AAAAGUUUUGCAAUAAUGAAAGUAAACAAACGUCACAAGUUGUAAUAAAUGCAAUUUGUGGGUUCCACUUAGUUUUCAAGAUGAGUGGAAACGCCUUUAACUUUGAAAUAAAGUUAAAACGUGAGAAUAAAGUGUAUUAUGAGAAUGACAUGCUGGUGGGCUGCGUGCAGUUUCAGUGUCCAGCUGAAACCAAACACGACGGCAUACUCCUUACACUAGACGGCGUGGUCAACUUGCAGCUAAGUAGCAAAACUGUUGGCCUUUUCGAUGCCUUCUACAACUCCGUGAAGCCGAUCAAUUUGCUGCAGAACAGCCUGGAGCUGUCGGCCCCGGGUAAACUAAGUGCCGGCAACUCGGAAUUCCACUUUGAAUUGCCGUUGGUGUGCAAGAAGGAGCCCCGCAAACUAUAUGAAACAUAUCACGGCGUCUUCAUCAGCAUCAACUAUCAGCUGAAGUGCGAUGUAAAUGUGAAGCGCAACUUUCUGGGCAAAUCGCUGCAGAAAGUGCAGCAAUUCUGUGUGCAAUACAAGCCCACGCCCCUAAGCGACGAGGCGACCCGCGCCGUCCCGUUCAGCCUGAGCAUGAUCAAUGCCAAGGAGCGUGUAACGAUGCCGCGUUUCCUAAUCACGGGUCGAUUGGAUCGCUUGGAAUCGUGUGUCACGAUGCCCAUUACAGGCAGUCUGACCGUGCAGCAUACCGAGGCGCCCAUAAGGUCCAUUGAGAUGCAGCUGGUGCGCGUGGAGACCUGUGGCUGCGACGAGGGCUACUCCAAGGAUGCAACUGAAGUGCAAACCAUACAGAUUGCCGACGGAAACGUUAUGCCCAAGCUGGAAAUACCAAUUUAUAUGGUGCUGCCGCGCUUGUUUACAUGCCCCACGCUUUUAACCAAGAACUUUAAAAUUGAAUUUGAGCUCAACUUGGUGGUGCUGUUUAAGGAGGAGCACACUGUCAGCGAAAAUUUUAAAAUAGUUCUAAAGCGCGCUUCCGGUCCAUUGCCUAGCAAAAUAAAUACAGCUGGACGCUGAACGCAUCAAAUAACUGCCAACUAUUUACACACAGUUCAAUUAAAGCUUACACUCAAGUUGUCAACUGGAUGCUAAUAACAAAAAAUAAUAAGCAAUAUAUGCUCUAUCUCGAAAUUCUAUUA